GACGAUGACGGAGAUAUGUCUGAAUGGCUGGGUCAAAUGAAGGGGAAGAUGGAAGGAGGGAUGGACAAAGAGGAAGAGGCCGAAAAAGAGAAGAAAGAACAUUUCUUCAUGUUCUUGAAAUUCAUGGACUUCUUGAAGAGCAAGCACGAUGAGAAAUCAAAACCAUUCCACGAACUCUUCAAGUCUUUUGCCAAGAUGAGGACGACAAGGGCAUGGACAAACAAGGCAAACAUUUCGAACUCUUCAUGAAGAUGAAGAAAUUCGUGGAGAAGCUCUUUGCCGAGAAAUACGGAGAGGACAAAGACAGUGAGGAAAGCUAUGGGGAGGACAGCUAUGGGAAGGACAGCGGGGAGGAAGAGGAGGAGGAUGAUGAUGAGGAGGGAGGGGAAAAGAGUCCCCUGAUGAAGUUCCUGUAUAAGCUGAAGAUGCACCUUGCUGAGCACGGAGAGAAAGGAUUCUGGGAUGAGGAAGGUGACAAGGAGGAGAAGGAGAAGAAGUUUGUCUUUUUCGCUUACAAGGCCUGGAACUACAUGAAGGAACUGAAGGCGCAGAAGGAGAAGAAGGAGAAGCUUCACCAGAUGUUCGCUAAGUUCGUUAUGUUCGUCAAGCAUGUGGAACAUUCAAAACAGAUGAAGGAGGAUUUCGGCAAGUUCAAGAAAUGGCAGGAAGUUGAAAAAAA